UCUGCAGCUUCUCUGAUGCAGGCAUCUGGAAUCAGGGUGACUUCUCUGCUUUUCUGCUCCUUCCAGGAUCUAAAAGAGAAGAAGGAAGUUGUUGAAGAAACAGAAAAUGGCAGAGAUGCACCGGCCAACGGCAACGCUGAGAACGAGGAAAAUGGAGAGCAGGAGGCCGACAACGAAGUAGACGAAGAGGAAGAGGAAGGUGGCGAGGAAGAGGACGAGGAGGAAGAAGGUGAGGAGGAGGACGGUGAUGAAGACGACGAAGCUGAGGGAGCCACAGGCAAACGGGCAGCUGAGGACGAUGAGGAUGACGACGUCGAUCCCAAGAAGCAGAAAACCGACGAAGAUGACUAGGCAGCAAAUUAUUAUUAUUUUUUUUUUUUAAAUAAGGAGGAAAACAAACCAA